AUGAUUACCGACGAUGACCGCUAUAUAGAGCUUUUCAAGUUGCAAAAACUCUUUGGAAGCUCAUUUAGCGUCAGUAGUGAUCAUAAUAGCGAUAGUAUAGAUAAUUUGUACAGUAAUAAUACUGUAAACGCUACUAUUUUUCUGAAACCUACAGAUCCGGAGUUCGAUCUCUCACUUUUGUCGCCAAGUGAUGGCAUAAAAGUACUUAUUUGUCUUAAUUCUGAUGAUUCUGAAUCGAAUAAUCCCUCUGGUUCUAUAACUAGUAGCUCUGAGGUCACGGCCGAUGCACUUUCUCAGAUACAAGAUGGAAUCCAUGCCCUGUCUUUGGUACAAAGCACUCCUACGUCUAACUGCAGGUAUUAUCAAGUAAAUGAUGUUGAAGACAUAAAGAUAGAGAAUGAGAACUUGUCAGAUGUCGCUAAAAGGAUCAUACAGAAGGUGUUAUUUGACUAUAUUUAUAAAAAUCGCAAAGUUAGAAAGUAUGUAGUAUAUGAAUCUUUAAAGUUUCUCGAUAAGAAUCUUGUUCAAAUAUUCUCAAUCGCAAAAUCAUUGCCAAAUCAGCAGCCAAUCACUACCGAAGAAUCCAAAAAUGCAGUUGAAUCUCCAACCUCUGCGAAAGAAUCUGAAACAGUAAAAGUAGAAACUCCAUGGACUCUAGAAGAACAAAAAUGCUUGGAGGAUGGGCUAGUACGAGCCAAAGGAAUAACAGAUGUAAGGCAGAAAUGGUUAUUCAUAUCUAAAAUUGUAAAGACGAGGACACCUGAUCAAUGCAGAAAGAGAUUUAUACGUUGUAGGGAGCUUCUCUUGAAAAAGAAUGAGGCUACAACGGAACCGGAGAGGGAGGAACCCGCAUUAGACAGGACUGCUCCUUUAACCUUGCUAGGGCUUGACAUGAAGAAAAUAUCUCUUGCAAAGAUUGGAACGUUUAUUCUGGAGCUAUCAUGUAUUAGAUGUGCUAGUCAAUUUGAAGCCCAUUUUAUUGAUACUGGUGAAAAAACUAUUCUUUAUAACGAUAGUUGUAAAAAAUGCAACGUUACACACCGUUGCGAGUUUGCCACGUCUUUGGUAUUUCCAUCUCAACCCCUAGUUGGGAGGCUUUCCCUAAUAAAUACAAAUUUCAAGGAUUUUAACAAUGGAGAAUUUGCCCUUACAUGUGAAGACUGUGAUACACAGUGUAAAAUACGUGACAUUAAAAUAGGUACUAAAAAAAGUCUAAACUGUCGUGGUUGUUUCGCAAAAUUUCAGUUUAGCUUUGAGGGUAUAGAGUUUGGAGAAAGGGAACCGUAGGUUUUGAAGUGAUAAAAUAGAUAUCCAUAGGAUCGAUGAACAUAUAGUUAAAAGGGUCAUCAGGCAUGAAACUAAAAAACAGCCUACACAGGCCAAAGGUGUCAAGGUUGGAACACCAUUACCAGAUAACGGAACGUGCAAGCAUUACAAAAAGUCAUUUAGGUGGUUUAGAUUUCCGUGCUGUGGGAGGUUGUUCCCCUGUGAUGUUUGCCACGAUGAAGUUAGCAAUCACAAGUGUGGUCACGCCAAUUUCAUUGUAUGUGGGCACUGUUCGACUCAACAGCCUGCAUCGAACAAGGUUUGCAAGUUCUGUAGUAAGGGCUGCACUGCGUCAUCUUCGUCUCACUGGGAGGGUGGCAAGGGAUGUCGUGAUCCAAGCAAACUUAGCAGGAAAGACUCUAAAAAGUAUAAACUAGCGAGCAAACAAACCAACAAGGACAAGCCGAAGAAGUGACUUUGAUGUUUGUCCGGAUAAAUUUGACAUAUGUG